UUCUACGGUGUGGCACGUGAAAUCUUUCUUUACAAAAUAAUUACUUGAACACCGAAAAAAAUCAUUUCGUUUGAUAAGUAUGAAGAGGAUAAUUCUACUGGUUAUUUAUUUUGGCACAGUUUUGGUCAGUGUUUUUGCGGUUUCAACCAAUCGCGAAGUGAACCGGCCAUCUAAUGCGACUCUGAAAUUACUGGAGGCAUCUGAUACCGGCAAUGAAAGUCUGGUCAAGCAAUUAAUAAAAGACGGUGCUGAUGUGAACUUUGUAAGCGAAGAUCUGUAUGGCACAUCGUUGCACUAUGCUUCAAUCCGGGGACAUGAAAAAAUUGUAAAUUUACUGAUUGAAAACGGUGCGAAUGUCAAUGCAGUAGGUGAAUUCGGAAGGACGCCCCUCUAUUCGGCUAUAACCUAUGGUAAUAGUUAUGAGAGAAUCGUUUCUAAGCUUCUUCAAAAGGGCUCCAGUGUAAAUACAGUAACAGACGACACUGAUACAACACCGAUUUGUUUUGCAGUUAGUGGAGGCUACGAUAAAAUUGUUAAAAUGCUGAUUGAUAAUGGAGCUGACGUGAAUUUCAAAGAUAAAGAGAGCAAAGUGUCACCUCUACACCAAGCAGCACUUUAUGGCUAUGAAAAAGUUGCAAAGAAAUUAAUUCAUAAUGGUGCCUUUGUGAAUAGUACCGAUAAAAAUGGAGUUCAGCCGAUUCAUUUAGCUGCAAGCGGGGGCUAUGAAAAGGUGGUUAAAGAACUCAUAAGACAUAAAGCAGAUGUGAAUAUUAAAGACAACGAAAACAGCACGCCCUUGCAUUACGCUGCAGACGGUGGAAAUACAAGAGGUUAUGAAAAAACCAUUGAAAGACUGAUCAGAAAAGGUGCCGAAAUAAAUGUGAGGGAUGAAAAUGGGCGAACACCAAUCUAUGUAGCAAAAAUGAAAGGUUAUGACAACAUAGUUGAGAUUUUGGAACACGCGAAAAAUCUAUGAAAAGAAUAUCUAAGUUUCGAUAUUUUCAACUAUAAGCUCCGAUAUAAAUUUAAAUCUUUUAUUGAUCUAAGAUGCAAUUUGUGGUGCAAACUUACAAUGUAUUCCAUUAAAAAUGAAAAUUUGGUUCAAAAAACAAACAAAUUGAUCAUUUAAGGGUCAAAAUCUCAUCUAAAACAAAUCGAUCUUGGU